AACCCCAUCUUCUCUCUUCACGACUCUGUUUUGAUUUAAUCUUCAGAGAAGAAACCAAACCAAAACACUCUCUUCUCUGUUCGUGUUUUCUUUUUGCAAUGGCUUUGCUCUCAGAUCUCAUCAACCUUAACCUCUCAGACUCCACUAAGAAAAUCAUCGCUGAGUACAUAUGGAUUGGUGGAUCUGGAAUGGACCUCAGAAGCAAAGCAAGGACCCUUCCAGGACCCGUAAGUGAUCCUUCAAAGCUCCCAAAGUGGAAUUAUGAUGGUUCCAGUACAGGUCAAGCUCCUGGUCAAGAUAGCGAAGUGAUCUUAUAUCCCCAGGCAAUUUUCAAGGAUCCAUUUAGGAGAGGCAACAAUAUCCUAGUUAUCUGUGAUACUUACACUCCUGCGGGAGAGCCAAUUCCAACAAACAAAAGAUAUAAUGCUGAAAAGAUAUUCAGCAAUCCUGCUGUUGUUGCUGAAGAAACCUGGUACGGUAUCGAGCAAGAGUACACCUUGUUGCAGAAAGAUGUCAAAUGGCCUCUUGGGUGGCCUACUGGUGGUUAUCCAGGCCCUCAGGGACCAUACUAUUGUGGUAUUGGUGCUGACAAAGCCUGGGGCCGUGAUAUAGUCGAUGCCCAUUACAAGGCUUGUUUAUAUGCAGGCAUUAACAUCAGUGGCAUCAAUGGAGAAGUGAUGCCUGGCCAGUGGGAAUUCCAAGUUGGCCCUUCUGUUGGUAUAUCUGCUGGAGAUGAGUUGUGGGCUGCUCGCUAUAUUCUGGAGAGGAUUACAGAGAUUGCUGGGGUUGUGGUCUCCUUUGAUCCCAAGCCAAUUCAGGGUGAUUGGAAUGGAGCUGGUGCUCACACAAACUACAGUACCAAGUCCAUGAGAAAUGACGGAGGCUAUGAGGUCAUCAAGAAGGCAAUUGCCAAACUUGGGCUGAGGCACAAAGAGCACAUUGCUGCAUAUGGUGAAGGCAACGAGCGCCGUCUCACUGGCCGACAUGAAACAGCUGACAUUAACACUUUCUUAUGGGGUGUUGCAAACCGUGGAGCAUCAAUCCGAGUUGGUCGAGACACAGAAAAAGAAGGAAAAGGCUACUUUGAGGACAGGAGGCCUGCUUCUAACAUGGAUCCAUAUGUGGUCACUUCCAUGAUUGCAGAAACCACCCUCCUGUGGAAGCCAUGAGUUUCCAGCUACACCCACCUGCAUUUAGGAAAAACAUUGUUACUGGCUUUCCCUGGGAAAGGACAGAAAUUGUGUUUCAGUAUAAUCCUUCCAUUUGCUUUACGUUAAGAGUUGAUUUGCCCUUUUGUAUUGUGUCAUUUGCUCUAUUGUAUAUUUAGGUUGCAGGUGAAUUUAAUUCCUCCUUGCUUGUUGAUUCUGCCUCAUUUUAAAUAAUGGGUUUUUAUAUGAACUCAAAAUAUGAAAGUGCUGAUUUUCUUCGUUGAAA